AUGUACUACCAAAAAGAAAUAAUCAAAUGGCUUGAACAGAAAAAUAAACUUAAGAAGGGGAAGCGCAGCGGUAGGUAUGUGCUGCUUCGCUUCAAACGGGCAGUUAGAGAAUCCCUUUGGGGGGAACUCCUUUGUAAGGUCAGCCUGGAUGGAGGGGUCACGAGCCCCACCCCAGGGCACAAGUUAAUCAGUGGUACUGCGCAAGGAAUGAUUGAUGGGUCUCUCUAUUCGCUCGCUCCACGUGGAGACCCCCCAACGGAGCGCACACCAAAAGUGCGUAUGCUGAAGAGAACCAUACAAAACUUCCACAACGUGCGCCUCCUCCUCGGGCGCAACGACCCAGUCUGUGCGGAUCUGGCGCGGGUGUUCUCGCAAGAAUUACAGGAAAGGGAAGGAAAGACACUUAACAGUCUCGAGGAGAACCAACCGAAUGGUGCAAACAGCCUAUAUGACCACGUGCAGUACCUCCCCAGUGAGCCUCUCCAACGGGGUGUCAACGACACCUUAGACAUAGUAGACCUAAUGCACCUCUUCAAUUUUUACACCUCCAUUGAAUGGCACCGAUUCAAUUUCCUAAUUAUAAUUUUAAGGUGCAUAAUCAGCAUGGGAAGGAGCAUGGCCGACACUAACGAGCAGAUAUGUGUUAAGUUCCUGCAGUCAUGUGUCAAUCUGAGAAUUGAAAUAAAGAAAAAUUUGAAGUCACAAAAAGGAAGAUCCAUUUGGGGGCUAAACAAGGGAGCCAUUCAUUGGGGUAAAUUUGACCACUUUGGGUUAGUACAAAACAGAGUCCCUUCUAUCCAUGUAUCACCUUGUCAGAUGAAACGACUCAACGGGAAGUCUUCCCCUAAGUGGAGUCAUUCACCAAAAGGACUACACAAUAAGUUUAAGUUAUCACAGAAAGAGAAAAAUGCACUCCAAUCACUUCCCCCAUGUGGGAGGGGGAAAAGUCACCUCUUUCAUUUGACCUAUGCCAAAUGGAUGAAAAGAAAAUUCAAAUUAGAACUGGAAAUGUGUAAUAGGUUGAUGGAGGACUGUGCUUAUAUGAUUUUAGGAAGAGGGGGACAGCUGAACGAUACAUAUAUGAAAUACGUAAAGGUAUUACAUCGAGGGAGACUCUACCUAAAUGGGGAUGAGUCGUUAAAGUCCUUCACGGCCAAACUGGCGGACUACAUAAAUGCCAAGUGUGAGUAUCUCUCACCAGAUGAGCUCAUAAGCGCGGUGCACUACUUAACCAAUGCGAGGAGAGAAGCCAAAAGGGACACAAAGGUAGUAGACCCCAAAGCUAGUACAAUACAACUGACCAGAGCCAUCACUCGCAUAAGUCAACACCUAUGUAUUUCUAUUCAAAAAAAGACAAAUGAAUACACCGUGGGGGAAGUUUGCAAAGUGUUAUCUCUCUGCGCCAGGAAUAAACACUACGAUAUGAAUCUCCUGGAUGGUGUCACCGCAUAUGUAGUGGAAAAUUUAGACCAAGUCAGCUCCAGAAGACUCACCCGAUUGGCCAUAAAUAUACAUGACAUGCUGGGUUACACACAUAAUGGGUUGCUAUUGGCGAUUGUGAAUCGGUACAGGCCGCCUCGUCCAAGGGGCGCAUCUCGGAGGGACACCCCUGGGGAAAGCAGAAGCAUAAGGGGAGGGAAAAGGACCCAUAAACGGGGGUGCGAUAAACUCCACACUAUACAGGAGGGGGGAGACUCCGCACCCGAAACUGUCCCCCGUAGAAACUUCCAAAACGUAAAAAUCAGCCAACUCCUGCGGUUCAUAAAAGUCCUCAUCAAAAACGACAUACACCUGGAUGAAGAGUGGGCGCACUACUUCCUCUCCCUGAUAAAAAAAAAAUUCACACAUAUCAGCAGAAAGGACUUUCCCCUUCUCUGCUACACAAUGUUGCACAUCCAGUCGAGGGAAAUCAUCCCUAGCUUUUUCAACCCAUCCAGUAGAUACCAUAUAUAUAAAUACUUUCCCGUCGAUCAGCUAGCCAACUCACUUCGUUUGACUCCACUCAUUCAGAUUAUGCUUCUCCUCUCCACACACAUACAUCACCACAAUAGGAGGAUUUUUUUUUGUUUUUUUUUCAAAGUGCUUAAAAAGUUUUGCCUUCAGACUGACAUUCCGCAAGACAGUUCAGACGGGGAGGAGGCAUUCACUCAUGGAGAUGCCUUCACAGGUAUGUCUUCCUCCCCCCACGUAAGGAAUGACCAGAGUAGAAAAAACGUACCACCCGAGUUAAGUUUUUAUAUGCACAAUUUAAACUUCUACGAAAGAGGGAACAACAAUAAGUAUGAUAAAAAAAAAAAAAAAAAAAAAAAGCAACGCCUUCAGAAUUAUAUUGCAAAGGUACCCAUUCCGACUUGUGAGGAAAUGAAAGAAAAAAUAAUCCCAUUCAUAAAAUUAACUCAACCCGAUUACCAACGUGAUGUUAUUAUGGACGAGACGGAUGGGUUGAGAUCCAAUCAAGGGAGAAAGACAGCUUGUGUGUACACUGUCACCACGCUAGGUGGAGAUACCUCUCCUAACCAACAGAACAAUGUUAAAAAUAAGUGCUCUACUCGAGUGACGGUUCCACUUGGAGGAGAUCACACCCAUCGUGGAGACUCACCAGGAGGGACAAAUCACUCACAUGUCGUCAUGCCAUGCUACACAGUGGCCGAUGCGGAAGCUUGCAUGGAUGCCACUGCGAAGAGCCUCCCAAAGAAGACCCCCCUACGACUCAACAACACAGCAAUUGGUAGCAGAGGAAGGACAACGGAACCCCCAAUGAAGAAACAAUCUCCUCAUGAAGGAGACUACUUCGAAAACUUAGCCAAUGCGCGAAGCAUCCUUUGGGCAAUACAGAAUGUACUUCUGCACCUUGCGGAGGAGAACCCAAAUGAUUGUCUUCUUGAAGAUGGUUCGCAUAAGCGAUGCUUGUCAUCGCGACUGAAUGAGCUAACCUUUACACAGCUAUCCCUUCUCCACAGGACAUACGCGCUAGGCUGCUCCUACAUCGAUUCUUCCCUCAGUGCGCAGAGGAGCUUGAACAACGAGAGGGUCGUGGCUUCGUCUAAGCUCCACAAACAGGUCCUGUCCAUCCUGGCGCACAUGACUACCCAAGACGAAAUUAUAAGCGAGCUCGUCCAUCACCCCUUCCAAGUCGAUAUAUGCCUCAGGAGGAAGCCCUGCUAA